GCUAUGGUCAGAUGGGAUGGGGGCUUAGCCCCUGAGAACAUGACUCCACAACUGUUUACAGUGCUUUAGUUGUGUGUAUUUUCUUUGGGCUGUCUGCCCUCAUGGUUGUCUUAUUGAAUUUUAUAUGUUAUUCUUUUUUUUACCUUAACUUGCCUCUGCCUCUGAUUUCCUCUGUCAUUGUCCUUCCUUGCUGAUCAACUCUUACUUUCUGUCAGUUCUUUAUUUUUGCAUUCUCACUUUUUUAUUUAUCCUUCUAUAUUUUGUUAUAUUUCAACCUGAAAAAUGUUAAAGAUUUUCAACAGCAUUACAUUUUAUUCAUUAAUGUUACAUACAUACACAUUGACAUUAUAAGCCGUGUUAAAUUAUCAGUUAUAAAGUUUGGGAGAAGAGAUGUUUUAUUUUUAACUGAUGAAAGACGACGUUCAACGACUGAGUGUUGUCAACAGUGCCACCUGCAGGUCGGAGCCGAUACUGUACUUUUUGCAACCCGACAACCACAGCUGUUUUUAACGGAAAAUAAGCACUGGUCUACCGCAAAUAGACGUAAUUUGAGCAUUAGGAAAAAUUAUAAGUAAUAAUAAUAAAAUCGAUUACAUUUGUGAACUAAAAUGUUUUUAAUGCUCAAAACAUCAGAGGCUUUCAAUAAAAACUUGAGGGACUUUAUAACCCCCCGCAACGCCACUGGGCCUUCUGUCAGUUAUGAGAAUCGGAUAUGAGAUGGCUCUCCCCUGUGGAGGGAAGUGGAGAAUGCACUCGCUCGUCUACGUUGCGCAGUUUUAUAUAGUCACAUUAUAUUGAUUUACACACAAUCUCAUUUUUUAAACAAGAAAAUGGCUUAUAUAUAGUUUUUAAAAAAUCUCAUCGCGAUGGAUUGUACUCGUGAAGUUGUUGUUGUAACGGGUUUUGGUCCUUUUCGACAAUAUGUGGUGAAUCCAAGUUGGGAAGCAGCUAAGGGUCUGAAGAUGCUGGGACUUCCUGUCUGUUAUGCAAAAUCUCAACAAGUUCUUGAUGAUAUCUGGCAGAAGAUGAAUCCAAAGGUUGUUAUCCAUUUGGGCAUUGCUCCAGGAACCAAAGGCAUCACAUUGGAGCAAACAGGGAAGAACCACUGUUAUAAGGACAGAGAUGUUUGUGGUCUUUACCCUGGUAAUCACUGCUGUAUUGAGGGAGGACCAGAAAGGUUGGACUCCAUCGUAGACAUGAGGUUUCUCAGCAAACAAUUAAAAACUAUGGGAUUUGACGUCAUCUACUCCAGGGAUGCUGGACGGUACCUGUGCGAUUUUGUAUACUAUUACUCUUUGUACCAUGGGCGAGGAAAGGCGGCCCUGAUCCAUGUUCCUGCCACAGGCAGCCUGUCAGGCCCAGAUAGACUGGUAUCGCAACUUCAGACCAUCAUCCAGGUCCUGUUACAACAGCUGGGUACUGUGUUGGAUAUGCGAGAUGCACAGAGGAAAAAGAAAAUACAUGAAAAUUCUUCAGAUAUACAUUAAGCCAAUGGCAUGUAAAAAGUCUACCAUUUGGAGGUGAGAAAUAACUGAAAUAACAGGCCUUAGAUACAUAACUUACAAGAAGACAAGAGUACCAGCCAAGCCGUUUUACCAUCACUUUCUACCAAUCAAUGCAAUGACACAGAGAUUUUAUGUUUUUUUUGUGAAAGGAAAACAAUAAGUGUUAUUAAAGUCUUUUUUUCAGUACAGUAGAUCAAGGCCCCUUUUGAAAUUUGUCAGAAUGCCAAGCAAAAACAACCGUGGCGAUGACGUCUGUGAAACCUCAAGCUCAUUAUUGCAAUUAAAAUGCAUUCAUGCAUCUUUUCGAAACCUGAGGUUUUGCAGGUUUAUGAAGAAAUAUAAUAAUAGUUGAGAAAUCGUUCAGUCAUUCCACCUUCAGGUUUGCCUUAAACCUGUAUUUCAUCAUAUGCUAUUUCUACUGUAAACUUGUCUUUUUUUAAAUUCUAGUCAUGUUCUUUCUCUCUGUGUCAUGACUACCCGUAAUCUACUGGACAUCGCUGUCCUAUUUAUGUCUGUGUGUAAAUGUGUAUAGAUUGUAACCUACUUGUAACUAAGAAACCUUGGCAGCAUUCAAUGAAAACUGACAUUCACUUUGCAA